AUGACUACAGCCCUCCCCAUUUCCCUUCCAGGAAUGUCUGCUGCCCCUCAGUUCUUUCCCUCUGCUUCUGGGUUCGAGAUCAAGGGCCCUGUCUUCAAUUCUCACAUAUACCCUCUUCCAAUUGAAGCCCCUCCUCAUGCAUCUACCCUCCCCUCGCCCUCAAAACUUACCAGUCUUGCACAUGAUUACAAUUCCGUUCCACUGGUUGAAAGCGAAAUUUACGCCCAAAUGUUGCUCCUUCGGAAAAAGGGAUAUCCUUUGUGGAAACCCAAAUCGGACAACUCACGCCUACCAGAGUCGUACAAAAGAGAAGGGAUUCACAUCGGAGAUGUUGGGAUACUCACGGAAUCUGGAGGGUUUGAUUAUCUUUUCAAUAUUUGUCAAGGGCCAGAUCAUGAAUUGAAUUUGGGAAGAGUUCCCGAGGAUUUUAGACCUAUUUUAGAUUUUGAUUGUGACGAUACAGAGGAUUACACACAAGAAUAUGAAUUGGGCUCUCAUGUUGCGAGUGACCCUAAUCGUAUCCACCAGAGAAGAAUACCAGCUUCGCCAACUCCAAACAACCCAUUCAAAAACCGACUGCAUUCAGCAAUACCCGAUGAAGUCGGCGCAGGGCUAUCUUAUAGCUCGACAGCUUCUAAAGGUGCUCUUCUCGUGCUACCAGAAGGAGGAAAAAGAGUCGAUCACCUGCAUCGAGCAAGAUUUGAAAAAUAUGCUGCUGAAUGUGCACCUUCAUGGUACAUGCAUGUCAACGGAGCGCUAGGCCGUACAGCUUACAACGGAUCCUUGUAUCUUGUCACCGGCUUUGACAAGGCACGGGCAUGGGGAGUAGCAUCAUUCAGCGAUGCAAUACCAGAAAAUAUUCAGUUGGAAUAUGUGCCCAAGUCCACUCAUAGCGAAGAUCGAUACCCAAAAUAUUGGUUUCGUACAUGCAAUUCUGCCUCAUCGUCGAGCGGCGCCGAUGACAGGUAUGGACAACAAUCUGGAUGUGUCUUUUUGCGGGGUUUCAAAAUUGCUGUAAGAGAAACCUGGUUUCGCGAGAAGGUUACCGAGAUACUUCACAUCUAUAACCUGGAUGCCGAUAGUCUGUUCCCUAAAGCGCCAAAUCCAGAAGCUCGUUGGUCGUCGAUAUUGCGACGGUGGCUGUAUCCUCUUCAUCAGGUACCUACCCCUUCUGAACAUAAAUUUGCGCUUAAUGAAGAUGCAACGAAAGUUGAUUUGGAUUACAUAUCCAGCAUUCAUAUAUAUCAUCCUUCGGACAUAAUCAACCAUUGGAUUCUACAGAACGAUGAUCAGCAGAUGCCAGAUGACGAGGAACUGAUUCGCCGUAUUCAAACUAGCAAUCUACAUGUCCAACACGGUCUCACGGCUAGCAGCUAUACUUAUGCAUGUUUCGUUCUCUCCCAAAAACCCAGAAUAUCUAUUCACAACCAGAAACUUGGGGAUUUAACUGCGCAAGCGAAAAUUCUUCGUGGUGACAUCCACAUGCAGACUCUGCAAAUGCAACAAUUGCAGACACAAUACGCUAGUAUGCCUAACCAUAUAAUGAUGGCAAGGAUGCGUUUCUUGGAAAUCAACAUCGCCGAGAAAAGACAAGAUUUGGACGAUAUUAUGACAUUGUUGUCACAGUUGAAUAACAGAGGUAAUAGUAAAGGCAAUACUAUACAUACCAGUGCUUUGCGGGAAUUCCCUGAUAGCGGAAAUCGACUGGGGCAAUCCUCUUCUUUUGGAAAUGUGAUGCAAUCACCGGUUGCUAAUUCUUUUGCGGGUAGCAGUCGUACUCUACUACCCACUGCUGAUGAACACACUUCUAAGUGGACAAACCCCGACUGGGAAGCGGUUGUCAAAUCUCUGCAGAAUGAAGACAUACACCACACGGUCGAAAACGUUGAAGAAAUUGAAAGAGAUGAUACUCUUCCUUCUUAUUCAACCAUUAUGUUUCAGGAGAACUUUGAUGCAUAUUUACUUGAUGCAUCUGUUGAUAUUCAAGAUGAAGAUGAGUACAAUAUGGGAACGCCUGACUUAAUCCCAUCCUCGUCAAAUUCGAGCCCCUUUUAUGGUUUUGGCAAAAUGGAUAACCACACCCUUGCUUUACUAGAUGUCAAACAACAAGAGUACAAUCAGUUGAGGCUGGGUGUAUCUAAGGAAAUUGACGGAGGGGAAUCAGCUAACAGCACUCAUUGGGAUAGCCACGCAACUACGCUGCCAUCUUCAGAGGACUGGGAAAUAUAUAAUUCUUAGUUAUCUUCAAUUCUUUGUAUGUUACAGUUAGUAGAUAGUUUGCAAGACAAUGUGGUUCACAUUUGCUUUCAACCACCUUCUAAGGCUUGCUAAGUCCUUGCCCCCUUCUCAAAGCCAAAUCACAUAAAUCCUUUUAACACAUCUCUCUCGACUCACUUCAAGCUCUGAUUCCAUUGGAAUAUGAAAUUGACAUCCUCUUCCCCUCUUUCUGUAACC